GCAUUAGGUGAAGAAGUGGCGCAAGACUUGGUCAUUCUCUCCCUUCCAUCGUUAUCACUCUCAACAUGGGAUGCUGCUAUGGAUGACUUUCAUAUCGUCGGCGAUGUCUAUGUCUUUCCUGGCCUCCUCUACCCACAAGCCUUUCUCGAUCUCCUUCGCCCAACGUCCAUCUCGCCAGCAACCGCUGAUGAAAUCCUCCUCACACAAGGUUCUCCUCUGCCUGCAGACGAUGCAAUAGAGGACGAAACGUCUACGGCAAAGAUGAAAAGCUUGGACACCAGCCCGAUCUCUCGCUUGGGACUCUCUCGCGACAACGUGCUCGGCAUCGCCGAUCUCACCGCCUCGGCGGCUACCCUUGCUGACCCGGAUCCGUCUGAGGUCGCUGCCAAGCUCGUUCCCUGGCUUGCUGAUCCGGUCGUUAUCUACUACCGCAAGUCUGUCCUUCGCUCCCUUGGUAUCUGGCCAGAGUCGAUAGCUAUCGACUCGUUUGCUAAGCUCAUGGAUCUUGCCGCCAGUGCACUGAGGUCUGGCUAUGUUCCGUUCUCCUUGCCUCCGGACACGCUGCUUCACAGGGCGCCCCUCCUUUGGUUCGACUACAUCAACGUGCGGCUGAACGGCCCCAAGGCGCACAUCUCUCUCAGGCACUCCCUCAACGCUACCAACGAGGAAUGGAUCAACCGCGCCCUCGUUGUCCUGGCCGACCUCAUCGACCGCGAGUACAUCAGCGUUGCCCAAGGCUCGUUUGACACGUUUCUCACCGGGUCUUCGCUCAUGUGCCUCACUACAUACUCGUCGCGCUUGCUCAUGCCAACCAGCAUCGUCGACGACCUUGGCAUUCUUCGGUUUCCAGACUUUGAUGCCACAGCAACGGCUGCGUUCCCACUGCUGAAUACGCUCAAUGUGGAAGACUCAGCUCUUCGUGAACGAGGCGAAAUCGUUUUUGGCUUCUCGCUUGGUGCGUCGCAAUAUCCAGGCACCGAGCAGAAGACCAUCAACACACUUGCCACGCUUGCAAACCCGGCGUUUUUCGGCCGCUAUAUCAAUGCCUCGUCUGGUACACCCGUCUUUGUCCCGCUUGACCCUUCGAUCGACUUUGCAGCCAUGACGUCUGAUCCGCUGGCGCUUGCAGCUCAUGCGCCGCUUGCAGAAGCCAUCGUGCUUGGUUCAUCAGCAGUGGACCGCAUCGGCGGCUCUGCGACAGGCCUAUCGGAGCUCUCCCGCGUCUGGUCUGAACUGCUGGUCAACUGGAUGUUUGCAGUGCCACCGACUUCGUUGUUUGACAUGUCGUGGAUGGCAUCACCAGUGCUCGUCUCGUCGUUGCAGUUCCACGCUCGGCACGCUGCUGCGAUGGGGAGGAGCUGGGGGGAGGCGGUUCCGCGGCUUGUCGCCGACAUCGAUGCUGCGCAUCUACUCCACGUCUACCUCACAACCUCUCGAGUGGCGUUUUACCCUCCGGGUGGUACGUACACCAACGCGUCGCUCGUGGUUACACUUGAGGUCGACACAGUCAAUGCCACUAUCUUCUACACCCUCGAUGGAUCUGAGCCGUCGUCGUCGAGCCGCAAGUACGUGGCACCACUCGUUCUCGACACCUUCCCGCACCACACCAUCCGUGCAUUUGCCACUUCGAACGUUCUUCAGCGCUCCCCGCUUUCAGAAGCCUCGUUUCACCUUGCUGCCAUUCGGCAGACCGUGGUCAUGGGCCGCGGCGCUGGCGAGACUGACGUCGUGGCCGUUCUUGCCAUCAUUUCUCUUCUGUUGAUCUUAAUCCUUGCCGCCGGUGGCCUUUUGCUCUGGUGCCUCCUCUCAGUGUUGCGGUCGAACGAAGUACUGGCGACCAAGGCAUCGACGAACACCACGCCGCAGGCCUUGGACGCCAACAACGUCAAGGUCUGGUAUCCACUCGGCAUUGGCUCCCUUGGCGAGGUCUUCCGCGGCUGCUACAACGAUGGCGCCGUUGCCCUCACCCUUUUGCAGCUCUCGUCGACGUGCACUGGCCUGCGCAUGGAGCGGGCAAACCUAGGCCGCGGCUCAGGCAACUCGUCGCCCAGCUGCGUCCUCAACGCAUCUACUGGCUUUCUCACCGCCGAGCUUCCAGGGACCUCGAUGCUCGGCUCUAUCAAGACCAUGCAGCUGCCAAGGGUUGCCGUUACCGGCGACCCAAACUCGGCCAACGCCUCUCCGGAUGCUACUGUGCCAGAGAAGGCAGUGAGACGACAGACAUUAUUGCCGUCGUCGCUGUCAUCGUCGUCAUCGUCAUCGUCGUCGUCGUCGUCGUCGUCGUCAUCGCCCGCAGGAAGCAAUCACGAUGGGCAGCAACGUGUGGCAGCCGGAUCUGCGUCUGAGCAGUUUGAAGAUGGUGCGAGCGACGACGACUCGAUGGGUGCCCGCCGGCGUGAAAGGGUCGGCGAGUCUUCGCUUGCCACCUCUCGUCAGGGCUUGUUCGCUGGAUACGAUUCGAUGGAUGUCAUGUCUGUCGAUUUGAUGGCGACAAGCCUUCCGCCUGAGCCCAACACACAGUUUAUGACCGGAGGCAUCUCGCUGGUGACUGGAGACAACACCAAGUGGAUUCCGCUCGCACGGCUCACACCUUGCGUCACUGGUGAGUACCUUGUUUCGGAGCAGUUGCUGGCGAUGCAGACUGCUCUCUCUGUCUUGGAUCACCCGAACAUCAAUCGAUUUGUGGGUGUGGUCCUCUCACCACCGACACUCGUGACAGCGUACGUGCCCAAUGGACGGCUGUUUGACCUUCUCCAUGACAUCUCCAUUCCGUUGGAGCUUGGCAUUCGGCUGCGGUGGGCACACGGAGUGGCCUCCGGCCUCUCGUACCUGCACGAGCACGGCAUCGUGCAUUCCAACUUGAAGUCGACAUGCGUUCUGCUCUCGCCAGUAUGGGAGCCUGUCAUCACGGGAUUUGGCGUUGAUGGUCUCAUGGACGUGGUUGGUGACACGAUGACCACUUAUGUGGCGUCGACCGCGAGUCUGUACUGGUCUGCGCCCGAGGUACUGGCCAACAAGGCAAACGUGUCUACAGCCUCUAACGUCUUCUCACUCGGCGUCAUUCUGUGGGAGCUGCUCACUCGCGAGGACAUGUAUCCGAACGUGGCCCCGCAGACGGUUGCAGUUCGCGUUGUCGCCGGGGACCUACGCCUCGACACGUCGAUGCUAGUCCGAGCUGCGGCGGGCCCGUCGGGCGUGCUUCCGCGCAUAGGAUCGACGCUUGAGCCGGCAAGCCAGAGCUCAUUGUCGCUAACGCGCCUGCGGACCGCGGGAUCUGCGACUGGAGCCACGAGCCAGGGCGGCGAGCGAGGUGGUGGUGACGGCUUGCCGGACCACAAGUCGAUGGAGGCGUAUGCCACGCUGCUCACACAACUGUGGGCAGAGGAUACGCGAAUGCGACCUGCGCUGCCGGACGUGAUGGAGCGGCUGUCGUCGAUGGCCAUGUUCAACGUCUCACGGCCACCGGCGUUUGCCAGCCUUCGGCCGCGCGGUCGCGGCGUGGUUGUCAUUGCUCGGGUCAACUCGGUGGUGACAGGCAUGGCAACGGUCCCACAUUCGUUCUCGGCCGCUCUCAAGAUCUUCCACAAUCUCUGCCGUGCCGCAGCGGCGACCUGUUCCGGUGUGUGUGUCGAGCAGACCAUCGACUCGGUCACCAUCACGUUCCUGCAGCGGUCGACUGCGCUGCGCUUCUUUUCCAUGCUCCGCGACAAGCUGUACGCCACCAAAUGGCCGUCUGGAUUGCUCAAGUCGGAGCUUGGACGGCCGGUCAUUUCAGCAACCGGCCUCGUCAUCUCGCAGGGUCUGCAGGUUGACAUGGUCAUUGCUGCUGGGCGGCUGGUCUCGGUCAAGCAACCCGGAACGUGGCGCUGGAAGUGCGAGGGGCCCGCUAUGGACGUUGCGAUUGCGCUGCAAGCCCUGGUCUCGCCUGGCGGCUCGCUCGCGGUUGGUCUCGCCACCGACCCGAAUAUCAAAGGCUACAACGUCCGAGUGCUUCCGUCGCGAGACGUCUCGCCGGCCCUUCUCAACUGCCGCAUCGUGCAAAUCAUCAGCGAGCAUGUCGACAAGACGAGCGGAACGCCUGCCGCGGCCAUGUCUGGUAUGGUCAAGCUGGUCCACACUCCGAGGCUGACCUCGGCACAUAGCGUGGCGUUUGGCUCGCCAUCACCGCUGCCUCAGAUCACCACUGCACCCGCUCGUGUGCCUGCCUCGACCAUGUCUGCUCCCACGUCUUCCGGCCAUCCACCAUAUUUUGUUGAGGAAGAGGAGGAGGCUGAGGCAUGGUGGUCGUUCUACGAGGAGCAGGAACAAGAGGAGAAUGUGGCGGACGGGCGUCCACCCAGGGGCGGGUUCAAGGGCAAGGGCAAGGGCAAGAGCAAGAGCAAGAGCAAGGGCAAGGGUAAGGGUAAGGGCAAGGGCAAGGGCAAGGGCAAGGGCAAAGGCAAGGGCAAGGGCAAGGGCAAGGGCAAGGGCAAGGGCAAGGGCAAGGGCAAGGGCAAGGGCAAGAUAAGGUUGAAGGGCACGUUGCGACGUUCGACCUCGCUGGACACCUCGUACUCUACAUACUCGAGCUACACGUACUCGACGAGCUAUUUGGCGUAUUCGAGCUCGUAUAGGCGUGGCAGAUCGAGCGUGACGUACACAACGUCGCUUGAAGACUGUUCUUCAUCUGCCAAUGUGAACCAUCAUCCAGUGAUUUCGAUGCCAAGUGGGCACACGCCACAGCACUCUGUGCUGCACAAGAGCGUUUCGCUGGCACUUGUUGCUGACUCGGAUGCGGUGGUUCCCAAGGCUGCGCCGGCCAAGUUGUCGCGGGUCAAGGGCAAAGACAAGGGCAAAGACAAGGGCAAGGGCAAGGGCAAGGGCAAGGGCAAGCAGUUUCGCAAGCGCCGUGUGACGGACAUAUCGUACUACUAUGCUUCGUCGUACGUAUACUCAACAUACUCAUACUCGUCAUCAUCGUUGUCAUCGUCGUCGUCGUCAUCAUCGUCGUCGCUGUUUCGGCGGGCAGGCGAAGCGUCCGAGUUGGUGUCUUCCCGGAUGGUUGGCGACAUCCCCGCCUCGCAGGCCGUGGCUGCUCGAGCUGGCGACAUGUACGCCUCGCACGCAGUGACAGCCGGUGGAGGCGACAUCCACGCCUCGCAGGCCGUGGCUGCUCGAGCUGGCGACAUGUACGCCUCGCACGCAGUGACAGCCGGUGGAGGCGACAUCCACGCCUCGCAGGCCGUGGCUGCUCAAGCUGGCGACAUGUACGCCUCGCACGCAGUGACAGCCGGUGGAGGCGACAUCCACGCCUCGCGUCUCGCGCGCAGUGGUGGGCUCUUUGCAUCAGAAGCUACUGCUUCGGAAGACAAUCUGUCGGAGCAAACGUUUCUCUCCCGCCGGGCCGAUGCGCCCCCGGCGUCGCUUGCGUUGUCGAUGGUGUGCUCGCCAACAGCAACUGCGCCGCUGUUCCAGUCGGGUCUGAACAUUCAGCUGACAUCGAUCCACGCCUCGCAAGUGGGCGCGAGUGGACCGCUUGAGUCUGGAGAGUCGAGCGAGGGACACCACAACUUGCUGAUGCAAAGCUCCAAGGCGUCGUCGGACGUGGCGGCAUCGCAGCAAUCAUUCGGUCACGCUGCGAGUGUGACGGCGUCACCAAAGCCGCGGCUUGCGUCGGUGGAGCUAUCAGUCUUUCGUGCGCUCGGCAUUUCCGGCAUAGGCAUUCCCUCGUCGGGCAUCGCGUCGUCUCCGGUCAUGGGAGCGUCACCCAAGUCUGGGCUCCACUUUGAUCGUCUGGCUGCAGCUGGGGUUGAGGGCCACGACGGGCUGCCGUCGAUCAUGAUUCCUGAUGCUUCGGUGUCAAUGACUGGGUCAGUCACCGAGCAUGGCAAGUCGGACGACGUGGCUGAAGUAGUCAAGUCCAGGUCUGGCGAGAUGAGGGGCGGCUGUCUGCCGUCGGACUCAACGGCCUCAGUUGCGACAGUCUCGGGCCAGUCAGGCGACUCACAGACGUGCCGGUUGGAGCGUGUGCCCGAAGGGGGCGUGUUCUCAUCGUCCGGGCCGCGCGCGCCGAUCGUGUCCAACAAGUCGAUGCGGUGGCUCAUUCCGAUGCGUAAGGUGGAAGCCAUGCUACGCGAUCGGCCUCACCAGUGGCCGAACCUGACGCUGGUCUCGUCAUCGCCGCUGGGUACCUUUCUGGUUCGGCGCCACUUUCGCGACUUUAUGCCUGUGCGACUUGCGAUCAACGCGUCGGCAGACGUGGUGCGGCUCAAGAUGCUACGGUCGCGGCUCGAGCUGCCUAAAGUGGUCGGCGUUACGCUCGCGAGCUCGUUCAUCUUUGUCAUUUACCGGGUCAAGCAGCCGUCGACCGUCUACGCGCUGAAGGAGUGCUGCUUCUGUGGCCGGUGCAGAGGCGAGAAGCAGAUUCGCGAGGUCGCCUCAGGUGACUCGGUGUCGAGGAGGCAGGCCAACUUUGUGCGGAGCCACCCCCUGCUACGUCCAGAUGGCGCCAACCACGCUGAAGGCGAUAUGGCCAACUCGAUGAGCUCGUUGCCGUCUGACGAUGUCUCAACAAGGUCGCUGCCCAAGAACAAGCUGGUCUGUCUCAAUACGGUCCAACGCCGGCGAGUGGCGCUCACGGUAGUUUCUGCUCUUCUCCAUUUGCACCAGUCGGGCACAAUCCACGGCGCCCUGGGCAUGUCAGCUAUUGGCUACUGUGUGCGGACCGGUCUCGCGGUCGUCAUCGACUACGGUCUGCCGUCGCUCUUGCAGACGCUGGCAUCAACAGCGUCCAUCGGCAACGCACCGAUCCUGGCACCUGAGGUUCUCAACGGUGGCGACUUUACCAAGGCUGCCGACAUCUACUCGCUCGCCAUGGUUCUGUACGAGAUCCUUAUGGGCGAGCCGCCGUACCCAGAGCACACUGCGAUCGAGCGGGCACUCGCGCUCUCUUCGACGCCGAUGGUCGAGUCGUUGGCCAUGAAGUCCGUCCUCGUCAAACCGCUGCGACAACUGCUGGGCAAAUGCUGGGACAUGCGGCCGAAGAAGCGCCCAUCAGUCCAGCAGAUCUACAAGUCGCUCACCAAGCUCAACGUCUGGUUCAAGUGAUAGCUGCACUCGGCCUGAUCGAGUUCCAAGCAGGAGCCGUAGCCGUAGCCGGAGCCGUAGCCGUAGCCGAAGCCGCUUCCAGCCGUAGUCACCCAAACACACCCACCUCCACCACC